CAUGCCGCUCCUAUAUUCAUGUGUCUCGUACGGAACUAAAGUACUAGCAGACUAUGCGGAUGUAACUGGUAAUUGGGAGGUAGUGACACAGGAGAUUCUGGACAAAACACAGGGUCGUUACCAACAGCACACUUACCGGGGGGAGCAGUACCACUUCCAUGUACUUAUAAGGGGACGGUUCACAUUCCUUGUGGUUGCAGACGAAAACUUUCCAACUGAAACAUCAUUCAGAUAUCUUGAAAAGAUUGGUGCAGAGUUUAUAAUAGGAAAUCCGCCCAAAAAUAUCAAAGAUAUCACACCUUAUGGACUACGGGGAAAGUUCUCUUCAACAAUGUCAUCAUGUCUCGCCGAAUACAACAAAACAAAGGAAGUGGUUACAGAUUCGGCCCCCAGAGAAACAAGGCUUGACAUAGUAAACGAGGAGAGGGAAACAGAGGAUAACAUUUCUGAGUUUCAGCUACAAGAAGAUUGUGCGAUCAAACUGCUACGUGAACAAGUACAAGAUAUAAAGGGGAUCAUGUCAAGAAAACUCAGGAGAGUUUUCUCCAGGGAAGUCUUGAUUAAGACCAUGGACGUGAAAACAAGAGAACUCCUAGACAACACAAAGGAUUUUAAGAUAGUAUCUAUUGAUGUGAACAAACGAGAGUGGUGGCGAAACCGAAAGAUCGUGAUAUCAGCAAUCACAGUGUCGCUGAUUUGUUCUACUGUAAUUGUUUUGUUUAUAUUUUUCUCUCUUCAUUAAAACUUAUAUUAUAUAUUAUUUCAAUGGCGUUAAAGUCUUUUGUCAAAUCACGACCUGUACUGUUAGCGAUUGAAACCCAACCAGUUUAUACUUUUAAUUGAUAAUUUGUCAUUUUUUAGAUAUUUGUUUUUGAGUUUUUGAGAUUUUUGCCGUCUUAUAUUUCAGUUGAUCUUUUUUCUGU